AUGUCCAUCCUAAAAUUCUACAAAGCUCUCAAGCCAAAAAUACAUCACCGAAAGCCACUCUCCAAGCUCAUCGCUUUCAAAGGAAUCGUUUUUCUGAACUUCAUCCAAAACCACUACACUUUCCACGAUCUCAGCAUUGGUAUUCCAAAUCUUCUACUGAGUCUCGAGAUGGUCGUUUUCUCACUCCUCUUCCUCUACAUUUACCGGACGGGGGAGUAUUGUCUCAAAAAAGGAGCUGCUACAGUGCCCCUUGGUCAUGGCGGAUAUCAUGGUGGCUUUCUUGGGGUAGGAGCAUAUGUAGAGGCUCUGAAUAUAUCCGACGUCCUGCGAGGAAUUGCUGGCGUACCUGCCGCUUUCCGUAAUCGGAGGAGUGAAGGAAAGAAUCAGGACUACUGGCCUACUGAAUCGCUGGUAAGAUAUUGA